GGCGCGGGCGAGUACCGCGGCGGCCGAGUGUCCCUGCUCGGCGCCGGCGCGGCCUACCUCCCCCCGCCCGCGCCCGCAGCGCACCACCCGCCCCCCGCUGACCCUCCGCCUUUCAAGAAAAUCAGGCUCACAGCUGAACGGACACCGCUACCACAUCACCAGCCGCUUAGGGUUGAUACUAGGGAGCCGGUGAACCAGUAUAGCACAGUAGAAGUACUAUCUCCGAAUCCACCAUCAGAUACCACGAUGGAGGACCAGAGCUUCAGAACCACUAAGGAUGACUUAUUACAACAAAUAUCCAAGGUGGACAGAGAAAUGGCGUUAUCAGAGUCAACAUUAUCAAAAUUAAAGAAGAAACAAGAAGAAUUAGAACAGACAGCCUCGAAGCCAGCACGGGCAGAGGAACCAGAAGAAACUGUACCACGACACAGAAGUUUAGCACAAUGCGUAUACGCAGAAAAUAGGAAAAAGAUCAGCAUGGAUAAUAAGCGGCAAAUGCAGGCUUCAUCAGCUCACGCGGUGCUGUCUCACUUGGGUCCACCCGUCCUAUACCCACUGUACAACCAGCCCCAAGACACAGAAAUAUACCAUGAAAACAUCAGACGACAUCGAACGUUUAGAAAGCGACUAGCUGAACAUAUUAGGAAACUAAAACUAGAAGCUGAAAAGCGUGAAGAUGCAUUAGCGGAGGCGUACAGCAGAAGAGCAGCAGACUGGUUGAGACGAGUGGAGAGGAUAGAGCAGGGACAGAAGAGGAAAGCCAAGGACGCGAGGAACAGAGAGUUCUUUGAGAAGGUAUUCCCCGAAUUAAGGAAGCAGAGAGAAGAAAGAGAAAGGUUCAACAGGUUAGGAGCUCGGGUGAAGUCUGAAGCGGAACUGGAGGAGAUCGCGGACGGAUUGCACGAGCAGGAACAUGAAGAUAAGAAGAUGAGGUCUCUGACCGUGGUGCCGCCACUACUGAGGGACCCCAGCGACACCACGCCUAUUUAUAUUGACACUAACCGACGAUGUAUGGACAUGGAGGCGGAACACAAAGAGUUGCAGCUUCGAAACGUUUGGUCGCAAGCAGAAAGGGAGCUCUUUCGUGAGAAGUAUCUACAGCAUCCGAAGAACUUCGGCCAGAUAGCGUCGUUUCUACCGAGGAAGAGCGUCAGGGAUUGUGUCAGAUUCUACUACCUAUCGAAGAAGGCGGAGAAUUACAAACAGUUACUAAGGAAGCCGAGACAGCGGCGGUCGGCGAGGAAUCCCCCGCGGGCGCAGCCAGAGCCUGAACUACCGGCCGGAGUCACCACCAGGCUACAGCGGAGUCAGGCCGUCUCCCUAGGAACGACUGCGAGGACGGAGAACAAGGAGCAGAGUAUGGAAGAAAGUAUGCCGCAGGUCACUGACCCUGUCACCUGCAUACCUAUACCUACUGCAGCUCCUGCGCAGCCGCCUAGGUCGGAGUUAACAAGAACGCCGCCUUUACCGCCGUCCCCGCCACCGGCAUCGUCAGCACCGACGCCGGUGACGUCAACUCCCACGCCGCUCUCGGUGGCCGGGAGUCCGGCAGCCGCGCCGACGCCGCCAGCCGUUGACGUGCCGUUACCGCCCGCGACAACGGCAGAAGUCACGCUUACUAUUACUCCUGUUUCGACACCAAUAACAACGAGUGCAGCAAGUGCAACAAGUGUAGCGGCAUCAUCGCCGGCGCCGGUGACGUGUAUAACGUCGACGGCGGCGGUGGCGGCCACGCUAACGGCACCGGCGAUAUCGGGCAAUGCCAGUGGGACCGGCAGCGCCAGUGGCAGUGGCAGUGGCAGUGCGCCACCCACACCGCAACCGGCACAGCCACCCACACCAACACAGCCUCCACCCACGCCGGAAACUGCGGUAACAGAACGCAUUGGAACACCAUCUUCGACAGCCACAAUCACCACAACGACGAUAACAACAACAUCAUCGAAUUGUGCCGUCUGCAACAACUCAGGGGCCAACCACUUAGUCUCAAGGUCACAGGCAGUUCACUAUGGUCUCAAGGAAGAAGCCGUAGGGGCCAGGGUCUGUGAGCCCUGUCACAGUAGAUGCGUUCGGUCUCGAUACACCAGGUGUCCGGUCCCGACGUGUCCUGGCCCCAAGGUCAGCCCCAAAAGACUGAGGCAUCUUCCUCCACGGUGGCAUGACUUGAGUUUAGAACAGAAAAGGCCACUUAUGGAAGAGUUCGAAAUCCCAAGCGAGUUAAGCAAGUGUUGUUUCGUUUGCCACAAGACUAUAACGAAGAGGUUAGAAGCGUUAGUGGAGGGAGGGUCAGCGCCGGAGCCCACGGAGGAGGAGGCGGCGCGGUUCCGGGCGUUACUGAGGGAACACGGCACCGCGUGGGACCGGAUAGCUGCCGUCAGCGGCAGGACUCCGGCCAGCUUGAAGGCGUUCUACUUUACUUAUAGGAGAAAGUUACAACUAGACACAUUAGUAGCGGACCGUCCCGCGUCAGCGCGGUGUAGCUCGAGCGAGGAUAGUGCACUAUCUUCCGCGGACACAGACACGGCCAGCGGCGGGUCCCCGGCGCGGGCCCCGCCGGCGCAGCCCGCUCCAGCGCCCCGCACCGACGCGGUCGCACCCCGCCGGCCCCGACGGGACGAGUACGACUCCUCCGCCACUGAAACUGCUGACGAGGAAAACGAUGCGCCAAGCGCUAAGAUCGUUCCCCCCACGUCAAUCCCGACGGCGGUAUCAGCAGCCACGUCUUGUAGUCCGGUGACCGUUGUGUCGUCCGGCACGACCACGAUGCCGGUCGUCAGCCGGAUGACGAGCGCGCCGCAGACCGUGCGGGACGUGGUACUCAACCUCAUUGAGAUCAGCCUCACCAAGGACAUGCCGAGCCAGCACCCCAGUAUCAAGCAUCAGAUCAAGGUGACGUCAGCCUGCGCGAGCGGGCGCGAGGCGCUGGCGACGCUGAGCGUGGUGAACAGCUCGCACGUGGGCGCGGCCGGCGCCGCCAGCCCGCAGCGCGCCGCCACCAUCACGCCCGUCGCGCACGUCGCGCCCUCCAACGACAAGGACGUCAUGCUGCUGCACAUCGAGCCCCGCCCCGAGCGGCCCGAGCGGCCCGAACGACCCGAGCGGCCCGAGCGACACGAACAGCUUCUAAUACGGCACGAAAGACAUGAGCCGUUACUUGAUCUGAGCGUCAAACGGCCGAGGCAUGAUCAGCCGUUCUCACAUCCUAAUAAGUCGGUAUAUCGAAACUCAACAGAAUACCGGCCGCAACAGGAAAGGGAAUCUCCUAAUCAGUACAAUUCCAAGCCUAAAGCCGUCGGUGCGCCCCCUAGACCUCAAGUUAAGGCGUCACCUAACCCUAAAGGCUCAAUAACUCUUGGGACCCCAGUGGAAACGAGGUUCGAGCCUCAUAGAAACCCUCCGGAGCCCAAAACGGGGUCCAUUACAGCUGGGACCCCGGUACAUCCUCAUCACUUACCUGACAAGCGAACCCUGGAGUUCUACAAAAGAAGAAGUCCAGGUGGACCUGCGGCGUACUACGCAGCCACCAGUAGUCAGCCCAGGCCGCAAUCCCCUUCAUUUUCACCUACCGGCUAUACUCGAAACCCUUACGGGCCAGAACAGCGCCAGAUAAUCAUGGCGGACUUCAUAACGUCGCAGCAGAUGCACGGUGGGGCUCGACGUGAGCGGGAGCGGGCUGCCAGUCCUCAGUACCGCAGGGAUGCGAGGGAUGCACGGGAUGCGAGGGAUGCAAGGGACGCCAGGGAUGCCUCCGUCAUACAGAGGCAUACACCCCAUGCAUACCAUGCACAUCCACAUCCACCACCUGAAGAACGCGCAGCAUCUCCGCAGUACCGACAACGUGAUGCUCUAUCAGUAAUACAGCGCCACUCUCCGCAACACGUCUAUCCACACCAGCAUCCGCAGCCGCCGCCAGGACACGAAGCAUUCACAUCGCUAGUGGACGUGGCGUCGGCGGCGACAGCUCUGCCAGUCCCCCGCGGGUCACAAGCGGAGGGCAAGCAGGACAACAAGCAACAACAGCAACAACAACAACAACAACAACAGCAGCAACAACAGCAACAACAUCAUGACCUCAGGUUUAUGGCGCAAAAAUUCCCUCUUGGCUCUCAAUUCACACAAAUGAUGGACAGAAGAGUACAAUCCCAGCCCCAGUACAUAGAGCGAGACAGACAGCUACAAAUGCAGAGACGAGACGCCGAGAGAGCAAUCCACGCGAUACAAGAGCGACAACACGCGCUCGAGCAACACCAACAACACCAACAACAUCAACAACACCAACAACAUCAGCAACACCAACAACACCAGCAGAGCCAGCACCAACCCCACCAGCCCCACCACCAGCCUCACCACUCCACGCCCGCGCAGAUACUGCACGACAGGCACCACAUGCAACACUCCAUUCACGCGAUGCAGGAGCGACAAGCCGAGCAACAGCAACAGCAACAGAAGCAACAGCAAAUGAUACAGGACAGGCAUCAACAUAUUAUGAGCGUAUCCUCGCAGGAUGGAGAGCGUCGCAUGAUUCAAUCAGUGACGUACAGCACGCCGGGCAAACCCAGGGCGCAGACACCGCAUCAUAUCGACAGGAAAGAUGCUCGCACAGUGGUAUCGGCAGUACCAGUGGCGGGCGCGGGCGCGGCGAGCGUGGCGGCGGGCGUGGCGGCGGACGGCCGGCCGCGCCCCGCCGAGGGGACGCUCACUGCCGCCUCACUCAUUGACGCCAUCAUCACGCAUCAGAUCAGCCAGAGCUCCGACCAGAGGUUCCCGCAACAACAGGAGCGAGUAGAGCGUGCAGUGAAUGUAGGCGUGGGAGUGAGCGGCACGGCGCACACGACGUCCAUCAAGCUGGGGGACCUCGCCUCCAACAUCAUCACCAGGGACUUCUGCAGCCCCACCACCUCCGUCAUGCAUCACAACAACAGAUUCAACGUGGGUAACUCGGAAGGGUACGUGGCUGGCGGCGCCGAGGAGUGGAAGCGACGCGACGCGCCCAAGCACGCGCCGUACCUCGAGCCUGUCAGCCCGCCUGAUAACCAUCCUGCCAAUAGAAACAACAGCAACCGUCGCUACAGCUGCGUGGGCUCGUCGUCCGUGGGGGGCGGCGGGGUGGGGGGCACCCGGGGCGGCGGGGGAGUGCUGACGGCCUUUGAUUACGUCACCAACCGCAUAGUGGAGGUCAUGCGCUCCGACGCGGACGAGCGAGCCAAGCCCCUCGCAUUCCCUACUACUGCGUACGCGUACCCGUACUCAGCGCUCAAUGUACAGGCUGCUGGGGAUGCUGCACCAAACAGCACGGCCCCUAGUACGUCAGUAUCGACCCCCGCGCCCCCGCCGCCCCCGGAGUCGGCGCCGCUGAUGUCGGCGCAGUACGAGCCGCUGUCGGACGAGGACUGACGCCCCGCGCCCCCGGCCCCCGCGCCCCCGGGCCGCGCGCCCCCGCGCCCCCGCGCCCACCCCGCCCCCGCCUAGCCCCGGCGCUGCUCCGUCAUCACGCGCACGCACUCGACUACAGAAUGAAGGCCACCGUGGACAUACAACACGCAAUAUUCCAGCGGACAGUGUAACGGAGUGAACCAGUGCAGUGACAGUGUACGGAGCGGCCCAGCCAGGACAUACCCGGGUGCACGAGCCGUGCUACCCGGCUCUAUACUUUCCAUGUUUAUUGUUUAUGUAAACUCAUGUAAAUACGUACGAAGUUUUUUUACAAACUGAUUCUUAUAGUGACGUGUAGUAUUCUGACAAAAGACAUUGAACACAAAGUAUCGAUACUGACGUACUGACGUACUGACGUACUGGGUGCAUUUCGUGUGAUCUCGGUCUACGUGGGAGUGCAGACCUCGAUGUAAUCGUGUAUGUAUAGACGAUGGUACUAAAUUGUAUAUUUAUAUCUUGUUUUGUAAUGCAGGGAUUAAAUACCGUUCAUGUGUUGUGGGAGAGCUUUAAAUGUCCGGUAGUAAGCGAUUUGAUUGACGAUCACGUCGGCGGCACGUCGCGUCACGUCCGCGUCACGUCGCGUCACGUCCGCGCCACGCACGUGGCACUCGAUACGCUUAUGAACAUUAUGCUGUCGAUUAGUGAGAAUACGAUUAUGAAUUGUUAUUUAUUUAGUUACGAAGAUGUUUCUGUAUUCGGUCGAGUACCAGUAGUGGGGCGCCGCCCCCGAGCCAGCACUGCCGCUAGUGACUAGUGUCCGUCGUGCCUGUGUGCGGCAGGUACAAACGUUGUAAUCCAGUCUUCCAUCGCCGCUCCGACAGUAGGCGCCGCGUGCUCCGCGCCAUUCGUCCAUGUAUGAUGUAUGAAGUAGCCGCACUAGAGCACUAGCCCUGUAUAUUUGUACAGUGCGACCUACGACCACUAUAUACCUUUUGUAUUGCUUCGCUUCGGAUUUCGCUGUCGCCUCAUCCACUAGGUUAGAGUACGCGUAGUUGAAUUGAUCAUUUGUUACUUUCGUAUUGUAAAUACCAUUAUGUCGUUCGUUUCAUGUAAACUUUGUGUAUAUCGGCCCGCCACAGCGAAGUCCGGAACGGUCUCCGAGCUGAUUGAAAUCGAAACUACUCGACUCGGGAACUGUCUACACCCUUACUAUAUAUAUAGCGUAACGUUAACGGAGUAGCGUAAGUUAUAUAAAUUAUAUACAUAUGUAAAAGUGUAUGGUUAUUAUGUAUAUGCAUUUGUAAUUAUACAGGUUAGCUAAGAGUUGAAUUAGAGAUUUGAUUUGGUUUUUUAGUUAGGAGGGCCCCCGAGGCCGGUAUAAAUAUAGCGGGAGAGGAGAGCGCCGCCGCCGCCGCUCCACGAGCCGCGCCCGUGCGGGGGCUGCGCCCUGCGGGGCUCCGCCACCCACCGCCGGAGCCUGUCCGUCAGUUUUAUGACUACCUCCCUGUUGUAUAAAGCCUACCCUCCCGACUUCACUAUAGUAUUAAUGUAGGCGGGUACUGAGCAGCGCGCGGUGUUUUUGUAAAUGUUUUCGAGUUAUGUGUAAAAAACGACUGAUUAAAUUUACUUUGAGCGAGUGUAUGGGUGGCGCGGCGGCGGUGGCGGUCGCGAACACAUUGUGAUUUCUUUAUAAAACGUUGUAAUGUACUGUAAGUAGCCCAAGAAAAAAAAUAAUCCUGUAAGUCCGAACAUAAGCGAAAAAACAACUUCUGGGAGGACAAAUCAAUAAAAUAAGAUGCAAAUCUAA